AGCCGGGCGCGAUGGAGACGGGCGGGUGUCGCAUGAGCGGCGCGGAGCCGAGCGGCCCGGCCGCCAUCACGCUGGAGGAUCUGGACGGCAUGACGGAGGAGAGCCCCGACUCGGCGUACCACAGCCACGGCAGCAGCCUGGAGGAGGAGGGGGCCGAGCGCAUGGACGACGAGGAGCAGGAGCGGCUGCUGAACUACUGGCAGAGCGUGGGCAGGGGGCACCAGGUGGACGUGCCCCGCGAUAUGGCAGAGCCCAUCCAGCAGCUGACCCGAAACAACAGCCCCCAGGAGAGGCAGAGCAUCCCCUUCACCCUCAUCCAGCGCAAAGAAAAGCUCGGAGACCUGCUCUAUGAAAAGCGUCAGUAUGGGAAGGCCAAGUGGGCCUGCAUAAAGAUGAAGGAGAAGCAGUACGAGCAGAGCAUCUGCCUGGGCUUCAUGAAGCUCAUGAGGUACAUCUGUGAGCAGAACUCCUCAGGGCUGUACCUGGGGAUAACCAUCCCCAUUGUGACCAUCGUCCACACCAACGAGUCUCAGUCGGAGAUGAGGCAGGCGGUGACGGUGGCAUACUACCUGCCCGAGGUGCUGCAGGAUCAGCCACCUCAUCCCUUUGACUCCGACAUCAUCAUUGAAGAAUGGCCUUCUACUAUUGUUUAUAGUAGGAGCUUCAGAGGAAUCACCAACGAAGACUCUAUCAUGAGAGAAAUAAACCUGCUGGCAGAGAUCCUGGAGAGCCCCGAGCUGUGUCUGCAGGACACGUUCAUCAUCGCCGGGUACACAAACCCUGCUGCUGCCAACAGACACAACGAGAUCUGGUUCCUGCAGAGGCCGUAGCCUCCUGCUCCUGCUGCUCAGCCCCGCAGCACCAGUCCUGACCUGCUGGCACGAUCCCACCCCUGGAUGGGGCAGGACUGGCUGUGAGACCCCGGGGAUCACCGAGCGGUGGCAGUCAGCACAGCACAUCACUGCAGCUCAGUGAGCACACAGAGGUAACGCCUGACACCAACAUCAUUUCCUAUGGCAACUUCUACAGUUUCUAAACAACCAUCACAGAGAUUUUUAGCACUACAAAGAGAAGUUCACCUCAUUUAUUUUUUCCUCUAUCAGAUAAGGGAGACAGAGCCCUCCCCCACCCCACCCCCUGGGGCAGAUCCCCAGCACCAGCUGCAGCCGCUGCCAGCAGGACACAGCACAACACCAAACCCACCUCCUGAAAUACAAACACCAGGUCUUCAUUUCUAAAGAGACUGGUCAGAUUUAGGCCACUGGGACCAGAGCAAGGAGUGAGGCCCAGCCAGUGCUGACCAGUUCUGCUCCCAUCUCUUGCGGAGCAGAGGCUCUCAAUGCUUACCUCAAAAAGCACUCAACCAAAGUAACUUUAACCUCGAGAAGAGACCAAAAAGGCAGAACAGCCCUAAUACUCACUGAAAUCUGAGGGAAAAAGUUUCAGUUCACCUCACUGACACACACAGCAGCCCCAUGACCAUACUUUGCACUCCUAAAUUGAAAGUGGUCACUCUCAAUUCUUUUACAAGUGUUUUCUGAGCACUUUUUCCUUUAGACUUUGAGGAAUGCUGCAGUGCUGCCACUGAAGCCAUCUGCUGGCUGCUCCCCACAUCUCCCAGCAGUACCACCAACCUUCAGGCCUGAACCUCAGCCAGAGGUGCCCUAUAGCACAGCAGCUCUGGGCUCCGUGAGGUCACCAGAGCAUCCCUUCCAGCUGGACUGCCCCCACCUCUCCAGGCCCUGCCCCAGCACCUGACCACCCUCACUGUGACAGUCCCAUCCUGAUUUCUGACUUCCCGCAUCGCAGCUUGUUUCCUUCAGCCACAUCCUCACAGCAGAUCCUGCAGCAGGCACACAGCUGAGCACCCCCACAAAGCCCAGCUGCAGAGCUGUGUGUGGGGAUGGGGGCUACACCUGCAGUUACAGCACCUGACACUUUAGCAUUGGGUUAGCAAAUGGCUUUGCUCUCAGAGAUCCCUCCUUAAUGUCUCCCCCUACCUGAUAAUAGACUAUAGGACUUAAUGAGUAUCUUAUUGUACAAAAUUUAAUGAAGCCUGUCACCAUAGUUAUUUAUCAAUUACCAGAGUUACGCUUCAUGGGGAGCUUUGUGUUCUCCAGCUGCAACACACAGCGUGACACCCAGUGCUGGUGUGUGCAGUACUAACAGGUUAGGAGGGGUUUAAGGGGUUCUUCUGGGGUGAUGCCACCCCCACAGACCCUGCUGGAAGUGCCAGCCAGCAUCAACGUGAAAGCCAACAAACUAAUGGAAGAUAACAUUCCUAAAGCUGAGCUGAGUGCAGUGCCCAGGGAGGCAUGAAAUGAUAAGCUUUGCUCCUCUCACUCCCUUGUCCCCCCCCCAGCAAUACAGCAAAUAAAAAUCAGAUUUCCAACUUUGACAAGAUUUGUCACAUUAAGUUUUGCCAGUGGCAGAAGUGAUUCUGGCACAUCAAACACCAUGCACCCACUGAAAGCAGGUAAUCCUCUCUUUGUACAUACUUUAUACUUUAAAUGCCUUUUGUUUGCUGUAUCACAUCUCUUUCCAUAGGCAACUCUCACCAAAACACUUCUGUGGCUCAGCUACUUGUGGGUAUGUCAUAGGAACACCUUGUUACCAAACACACAGCACCUGUCCCACUGUGCUGGUAAUACCUGCAGCUCAGUGUCGCUCCAUGUAGAACUGUGAAUUCCGGGCUAGUAGUGAUGCUGACUUAGGUUAGGCUGCUUCUGCUGCUGAGAAAAAGCCAACAAACCCCACAUGUGAAGAUACACGUCAUGGCUAUGGAACACUUCUGUAAACAGCCCUCCAAGCACAGGCACAGAGCUGUGUUUGCCAAUUGCCACCACGAGAUCAGCCCCAUAGUUACUCCCUGAUGCCAAGGAGGUGUUACAGGGACUCAAAUGGGUCAUCUUCAGUUCCCACACGAGCACCUCACCCCUGUUACUGGAACAGGCACUGCAUUCUCCACCUGCAGCUCUGCUUUGUAAGCCAUUAAAGUAUUCUCAUUUUUAAUUUGAAGCAUUUGUGUCCUGCUAUUCAAAGGAGACAGUAAAACAGCUUUCCCCCUAUUUUUGGAAAAUGAAAUGCUGUAGCCUUAACAGAUGAACGCUGUCCUGCAUACCGUGUAUUUUUCAAACAAGUGUUAGUGCCUAAAAUGUCUAUUCCAGCUUUGUGAUUCUCAGGGCCUUGCUUACUGUGUGUAUACAAGUAUCAGCAUCAGCAAGCUGCGCUGUCUUACACUGCCCCUUAUUUUUACUUUGUGCUGUCUUGUUUACUGUUACCAUUUCCCAAAGUAAAGGUGAUGAUUUGAUCGUGCA